UUCCUUACCCCUUCACAAAUCUGUCGGCGCCACCAUAUUGCCACUGUUAUUCCCAAUUCUAAAAAUAUAUAUAUAUCCUCCGAUCUUCGUCUUCUCCUCUCGUCAUAGUUUUCCAGAAAAAGUACCCUCAGGAAUUUGAUAUCAACCAUGUUGUUGUCACCAGGCCACUCCCCACGCCACCUCUCAACCCCAUCUCCUUCACCAUCCCAAAACCCUAAUAAUUCCUCAACACUACAACCACUACCAACAACCAAUAAUAAACGCAAUUCCAACAAAGUACUAGAUGAAGACACAUACGUAGCCGCAAUUGAGAAAAUAAUCGAACGUGAUUUCUUCCCUGACAUACCCAAACUUCGUGAUCGUCUUGAUUGGCUCGAAGCGGUUCGAACCCGUGACCCGGUCCAAAUCCGUGAUGCUCAGUUAAAAAUCAUCGAACGAAGGGGAAAUAGAGCUAUUGGAUCAAACACUGAAGGUAAAUUACAAACCCCAAGUUCAAGUUCCACUUUUUUUCGAAAUUCCAGUACUACCCCUUUUGAUAAUGAUCUUUAUAAAACACCCAUUACCCCUAAUGGUAACUGUUUUACUACUGCUGGUAAUAAUGUUGUGGGUGAGGCGGAUAAAGUGGAUGUGUCGUUGACGUUGGAUGAGUUUUUUAGGAGGUAUACGAGUGAGGAUAACGAAAGUUUUUCGAAAAUUAUUGAGAAAGUGAAUAGGAAAAGGAAGGAGAAAUAUGGGUAUUUGUUGGAAGGUGAAAAGGAAGAGGAGAUGGGGUUGAUUGAGGAUGGUUCGAAGAGGGUGAAGGUUGUUACCGAUGGAUAUGGGACGUCGGAUCAGCCAUUAGCGACGUUGGAGGGGUGGAAAUAUGUAUCGAAGAAUUUGUUGAUGUAUCAUCCGGCGGAUAAUGGGGAAGUAGCGUUGACGGAAGAGGAAAGAGCGGUGAGACUUAAUGGAUUGACGAAAGAAGUUAGUAAGGUGAAUACGAGGUUUCAUGGUAAGAUGAUGGAAUCGCAGCAGUCGAGAGAGGAUGAGACGGUGGCUGUGCUUUAUGCCCCUGUUAAUGGGGGAACUCCGGUUCCGUUCCAUGACAGAGGGGACAAGACGAAGAAGUAUGAUUUGGAUGAUCUAAGGAAGACACCGAAUCAGUUCUUUGUUGAGUCGGGAAAGAAGGCUGAGAAUGGGUAUAGUUUUGUGAGUACUCCUUCACCCGCACCUGGUGUGGAUGAAUCACCGUUUAUAACCUGGGGAGAAAUUGAAGGAACGCCUUUGCGGUUGGAGCAGGAGGAUACGCCUGUUGAUAUUGGUGGAAGUGGUGAAGGUCCUCAGUAUAAGAUUCCAAAUCCACCCUCUAGAGAUGUAAAGGCGCAUUCUUUAUCUCGUGAAGCUGCUCGUAAGUUGAGGGAGAGGUCAAAGAUGUUUCAGAAACCACCAUUGCAUACACCAGUUAGAGGAGGGAGUGCUAGUCCAGGUGCACGCACUCUUUCGCCUGCUGCACAGAAGUUUAUGCGGAAAGCAAUCGCCAAGUCUUCUCACUCUUUAGAUGAAUCUCUCCGAGCAAGUUACCGUGGUGCAAGUCCUGGACCGAGUACUCCGAAAACUGGCAGGAGUUUAUCAAGGCUAGGAAGAGAAGGUAGUCUAGAUUCCAAGUCACCAUCUGUAAGAGAAGGAUCUAAUCCUCCUUGGUAAUUGUAUUAUAGCAAUGUUAUAUUGGUAAUUACCUGUUCCUUAUCAAAAAAAAAAUAUUGGUAGUUACCUGUUAACUGUACUAAAUCUUUGUCUCUUUUACCUAAGAUUUACUAAAUGUUGUCUUUGCAUCAGUUGAUGGCUGUAAAUGUUGACAUCUUGGAUUUGCUAGUUAUGAUUAUGCAUAAUCCCUUUUUCUUG